GCCGGCAGUUUAAUAGAGGAAUUCGUGAGUCGCAUGUCGCACGUUGUUUGUGCUGCAGGAGGAAAUCUGUUAUUAAGAGCUCUGUUGGACGCUGUGUUUGUGUUUGGUGUGAGAUUCUAAUAAUUUUCGUUAUGGGAUUGAACGGUGCUAUAAUUGCUUCCUGUCUAUUGGGGAUUGGAUUGUCGUAUUAUGCGUAUGUUGUUGAAACAUCGAAAGAAGCUGAUGCCAACUACCAACCCGCGUGUGACAUUAGUGAACACAUGAGCUGCUCAAAAGCGUUUAUGUCAGAAUUCGGAAAAGGGUUCGGCAUUGUGCAUCGUACACUGGGAAAAGAUUCCGCCCUACAUGUUUCCAAUGGCCUUAUUGGGAUGUUUUUCUACAGUGUUUUUGCAGCUCUGAGUUUCACAAGCAGUGUGGUAGCAAGCAGGAUUCAGUUGUUUAUGGCUAUCCUAUCUAACUUUGGCUCUGUCUACCUUGCAUAUGUUUUGUACUUCAUACUCUAUGAUUUCUGUGUGAUAUGUGUUACAACAUAUAUUGUUAAUCUUGUUAAUUUAGUUUUAGUAAUACUGAAGUUACGAAAAGUUCCUAGUUCUACUCAGAAGAAAACUACGUCCAAAAAGAAAAAGAAUUAAAAUGAGUUAUUUGUACAGUUACAAGCUCAUUGUGCUACUGAAAUACCAUUCCUUGAACAGGAAUGAAGAGUGAUCUCAUUCAGGGUAUAUUUUAAGGCCAGUAACAUGGUUAAGUCAGCAGAUAAAAUGGGAAAAGGUGCUACAUGUACUUUACUGUCCAAACUAUUAAAUGACAAAUCAAGUACAAAAGUUGAACCAUAUAUUUUUGGAUUAUUUGUUUGAAAAGUACAGAAAAGCAACAAGUAAAUAAAAGUCUGACAUGUAGGAAGAAACCAUUUCUAUUUUAGGACUGAAUUUUUAUGUCCUGCCUUUACUAGAACAGUACCGUCAUACGGAUUUUUUAAUCAAGAGUUUUAAAAAUGACAAGAUGUACUAAAUGUAUAGUUAUUCCAAUGAUACUGUGCCAUUGUUAAAAAUAGAAAAUUGAAAGACUACCUUUUAAAAGACAUUAUUUACAAAUACUCUUGUAGAUAUGUUGUCAUAAUAUGUUUGAUUAUUGUAAGAAGCAUCCUAUAUUUAAGUAGUUAAGACUGAUUCUUUUUUCAUGUCCUUUUCAUAAUUUUUUGUGUAACCAUCAAAUGAGUAGUAUGGACAUGUAGUCCUAGAGAUAUUCUGAAUUUUCUAAGUUCUCUGCAUGUUCCUUAAUUUUCUUUUGUGAAUGGAUAAAUAAAUGCUUCAGUGAUUUCCA